CCGGAAAGCCAGGGGAGGUGGCAGUGACGGGAGGGUCGGAGCCAUGGCAGCCAAGGCGGCUGGUGGGGGGCGCUGGGAGGUGGUGAAGAAGGGGAGGCGGCCCGGGGCUGGCGGCAAUGGUAGAAGCGGCGGAGGGGACCGCCGGGCUCUCGGGGAGGCGAACGGUGUGUGGAAAUACGACCUGACCCCUCCAAUCCAGACGACAAGCACCCUUUACGAGCGGGGCUUUGAGAGAAUCCUGAAGCGGCAGAAUAAGGAGCAAGUUCCACCCCCUUCUGUGGAGCCUAAGAAACCAGGGAACAAGAAGCAGACUAAGAAGGUGGCAACCAUCACCAGCCAAAACCAGAAGCAGGGUCGCUUCCGCAGCCUGGAAGAGGCACUGAAAGCUCUGGACGUAGCAGCUCUGCAGAAGGAACUGGACAAGAGCCAGAGCGUGUUCUCUGGGAACCCAUCCGUGUGGUUGAAGGACCUGGCCAGCUAUCUCAACUACAAGCUCCAAGCGCCUCUAAGUGAACCCACACUAAGCCAGCAUACGCACGAUUAUCCCUACAGUCUGGUAAGCCGGGAGCUGCGUGGGAUCAUCCGAGGGCUGCUGGCCAAGGCAGCGGGGUCUCUGGAGCUCUUUUUUGACCACUGUCUGUUUACGAUGCUGCAAGAGCUGGAUAAGACACCAGGGGAGUCACUACAUGGUUACCGCAUCUGUAUCCAAGCCGUUCUGCAAGACAAGCCCAAGAUUGCCACCAUGAACCUGGGCAAGUUCCUGGAACUGCUGAGGUCUCAUCAGAGCCGACCAGCAAAGUGUCUGACCAUCAUGUGGGCCCUGGGUCAAGCAGGUUUUACCAGCCUCACUGAAGGACUGAAAGUGUGGCUAGGGAUCAUGCUGCCUGUGCUGGGCAUCAAGUCUCUGUCUCCCUUCGCCAUCGCAUACUUGGAUCGGCUGCUCCUGAUGCACCCCAACCUCACCAAAGGCUUUGGCAUGAUUGGCCCCAAGGACUUCUUCCCACUUCUGGAUUUUGCCUACAUGCCCAACAACUCCCUGACACCCAGCCUACAGGAGCAGCUGUGUCAGCUCUACCCCCGACUGAAGGUGCUGGCAUUUGGGGCAAAGCCAGAAUCCAGCCUGCAUACGUACUUCCCCUCCUUCCUGUCCAGAGCCACCCCUAGCUGCCCUCCUGAGAUGAAGAAAGAGCUCCUGAGCAGCCUGACCGAGUGCCUGACGGUGGACGCCCUCAGCGCCAGUGUCUGGAGGCAGCUGUACCCCAAGCACUUGUCACAGUCCAGCCUGCUGCUGGAGCACCUGCUCAGGUCCUGGGAGCAGAUUCCCAAAAAGACGCAGAAGUCUUUGCGAGAAGCCAUCCAGGCCUUCAAGCUGACCAACCAGGAGCUGCUAAGGAAGGGCAGCUGCAGCGGUCAGGACGCCGCCGCCUGCGACAUGGCCUGCAAGGGCCUGUUGCAGCAGGCGCGGGGCUACCGGCUGCCCUGGACACGGCUACUCCUGUUGGUGCUGAUCUUUCUCGUCGGUUUCCUGUGCCAUGACUUCCAGUCGCACAGCUCUUUCCAGGCCUCCCUCUCUGGCCGGUUGCUUCGAUCAUCUGGGUUCUUGCCUGCUGGCCAGCAAGUGUGUGCCGGGGUCUACUCCUACAGCCUGCGGGGCUACCGCUGGCUAGAGGAGACAUUGCCGGCCUGGGGCUCCCACCUGCUGGCUGUGGUGAGGCCCGGUUUGCAGCUGGCCUGGGCCCACACCAGCGCCACCGUCAGCGUUCUUUCUGCCUGCUGUGCCUCCCACCUUGCCUGGAUUGGUGACAGCCUCACCAGCCUCUCGCAGAGACUUCAGAUCCAGCUCCCUGCUACCCUGAUGCAGCUGCUGCAGUCUCUGAGGGAGCUGCUCACGCUUCUUCACCAGAACGUGCUGCUGUCGUGGUGGCGCAUGCUGCUGGAGGCCCUGGCCCGGGCCCAGGAGCACUGCCACGAGGCGUGCAGAGGUGAAGUGACCUGGGACUGCGUGAAGACACAGCUCGGUGAGGCUGCCCACGGGGCCUGGCUCCGCCUGCAGGACGUCACCAUGGCUUUCUUGGACUGGGCACUUGCCACGAUCUCCCAGCACUAGGUCCUGCCCGCCUCGCCCCCGGUGCUGUCUGGGGCUGGCCGUCUGAGACUGCUGGCGGGUAGAGGACCGAGAGGCAGUUCUGCGUAGGCCGCUUUUUUACUUGGUGCCUGAGUUCUGUCUCCUAGCGACUGGCCGGUGGCCUCGGCCUCAGUUCCUCCCUCUUCGGUGGGGACUGAGCCCAGGGAUCUCUCAGCCUCCUACCCCUGAUCUCACUGAACGUUUGUCUGGCCCUAUUGCAUGUAGCUCCCAACCUCUGUCCUCGGGCUGCUAAACUCCGUCACCCCCUCUCGUCUCCUGCUCUCCACUUCCUUCCAUCUCAUUCCCGAAGCCCCAGAGAGCUCAUCUCCAGAACGGUGGGAUUCCACUGAGUGACAACUGCAUUCUUCUGAGGAAGGAUUCCUGCUCCUAGACUCUAGCCCCAGUGGAACAAGGAAAGAGGCCUCCGGAAGAACGUCGCACCACAGUGGGCGACAACAGCUUCACCUCAGCCCACAGCCUGGGCAUGCCUGUCACUGGACGUGAGGGCUGGGCGGAAAGGCCUCUCACCUCCGGAUGCCCGACUGCAGUCUUUUGAGGCCUCUCACUGCCCCCUCUGUCACGGUCCUACUUCUUUACUUUCCACUCCCCUUCAGGGCUGGGGGACUGUGCCUCAGGGUUCAGCUGUUCCCCAUUGCCUAGCCCUACACCAUCUGUCUGGAGAGCAAAGCCCAAGUAGUUGUGUGCCUCGGGCGCGGUGAACCUUCCAGCAGCCUGUUGAGACAGGAGGCAGCAUAUGGCUCCUCGGUACGCCUACUAGGUGGAAUAAAGGACACAGAUUUGAUUUCCAGCUUUCCUUUCCGCAUCCUCAUAUAGGAAUUCCCAUAGUUGUGACCAGGACAACAAAAUACCGGGCACGCACAUGUUCUCCUUUGGCCCCCUGCCUCCUGCGGGUUGUAGCCACUGGCUGCAGUUGAGCUUCUGGCAGGGAAAGUUCACACCCAUCAUUCUCAACUUUGGCCUAUUGAGGAUUCCAGACACUCCUUUUG